AUGAGCGACUGCUGCUGCUCCCCUUGCUGCCAGCCCACCUGCUGCAGGACCACCUGCUGCAACACCACGUGCUGGAAGCCCUGCUGUGGGACCAGCUGCUGCUGCCCACCCUGCUGCCAGCCUUGCUGUGCCCCAAGUUGCUGCUGCACACCCUGCUGCCAGCCCUGUUGCCAACCAACUUGCUGUCAGACCACCUGCUGCAGGACCACCUGCUGUAAACCAACGUGUGGGACCUGCUGCUGCAUGAGCGACUGCUGCUGCUCCCCUUGCUGCCAGCCCACCUGCUGCAGGACCACCUGCUGCAACACCACGUGCUGGAAGCCCUGCUGUGGGACCAGCUGCUGCUGCCCACCCUGCUGCCAGCCUUGCUGUGCCCCAAGUUGCUGCUGCACACCCUGCUGCCAGCCCUGUUGCCAACCAACUUGCUGUCAGACCACCUGCUGCAAGACCACUUGCUGUAAACCAACGUGUGGGACCUGCUGCUGCUGA